AUGAUUUCAAAUAGGAGCGUCAGCGCUCCUCCUAGUAGUGGCAGUUUCUCCUAUGAUGCAAAACACUUUGGGUACCGCUGGGGGGAGUUGACAGUCGGGAGGUUUUCACAGCCAGCCUCGACAGUGAGCCCUUGGCGCAGCAGCAUACCGACAACCACUAGGUAUGAGAGGCUCGCUGAGUGGAGAGAGAGCCCAUACUACGGCGGAAACUCUUACGAGCCCCAAUUUCGCCGCGACCACGGUGCCUACUACAGGCGUACAAACUAUGAGUUGCGUCGGAGCCAUUCCAGUCAUAGUGCUGGCGCUGAGCAGGGACAAUACACCUUGUACCCUGCACAGGAGAAGGCGGAUCAUUUCAAAGCGCAUCGUGGUUUUUCUACCCCUGUUUCGUCCCUGGGGACUUCUUACACUUUAUUCCAGACACCAAGCCCUUACGACGAGGGGCGUUCUCGUGGAGCUCGCAGCUCGGCCUCUCCUGCCACCACAGGCAAUGCGGAGAUCCCCCCUCUGCUUGCCGCAGCGAUGUCGGAAAAGCAGCUCACACGUGUUCGUGCCUCUCUACAAAGCACCCCAACUCCUUCGCAGAGCGGCGUGAGACUGAAGUUAGUUGAAUUGCUGGAGUACUGGAUGAGUGACGUCUUAACGGGGGCCGCAAUUGAGGAGUUGAUUGCAGAGGUCCAUCAGGAGGCGGGGCUCAAGGGGAGUCAUCCUGCGACGGAGGGGGGAAACAACUCCGCUUUCAGUGUGCGUAACGCCACAGAGACGGCAGGAGCGUGCCGUGCGCGGGCAGGGGAAAAGGGGCGCGCUUUCAUCUGGGCAGCGCCGUCUUCACCGUUGUCAUCAUUGUCUUCGUCGUCGUCGUCCUCCUCGUUGACAUCCGUGUCUCUCCGCCGUUCUGAGGCCGAGGAGGAAGGGGUGGCGCCUGAGCCACCGAAAGAAGCAAAAAUAAAAUGGAUAGAGGGGGGGGAGUUUUUUGAGAGGAUGCAUGUGACCGAUGUGACUUCAGCCCGUAAUGGAAGUCAAGUUUGCUCUUCGGGCCAGUCUCACGAUGUGGAGCCAAUGGCAACAAGACCGCCUCCUCGUUCAACGCUAAAGCCAACAACUUUGCCGCCUCAAACAACAGACUCACAAGUGCCUUUGCCAGCUCAGGCGACAUACCUGCAUAUUCCACGUUUUUAUUAUCCCAACGGCUUGCGGCAUUCCGCGGAAGAGACGCUUGUGGGGCGCAUCAUAAACAAGCACGAGAAUCCACAUCUUAAAGGUGUGGAGGGAAUGCUGAUUCCAACUGCCGUUUACACAAACUGCGAGGAGCGAGUUGCUGUCAUGGGCAGUGAUGAAUUCAAGAGGCCUGAGGUUAAAACAACUCCAAUCGCUUCACUGAGGGCGCUGGAAGACAAGGAUGUUCAGCCAUUUAUUCAAAAUGUAUUUGGUCAUCUUCCGAAGCUGCCAAAUGUUAGUCAAGGCACACGCAUUUCGAGUUUUGGUGGGAAGGGAUUUAUAGGGCUCAACAAUGCCGUACAGAACAGGCAAGGAUUAAACUACCGACUGCAAUUAACGCAGGCAAUGAAGCACAUUUGUACACAGUGCUUUGGCCUUCCAAAGUACUUUGCCUUCAUUUUAGUGAAACUCCUUCAAGCGAACAUGGAUUUUGGGAGUUUGGGGGCUCAAUCUGUACGAAGUAGUUCCUUAUCCACUGCAUCUUCUGCGAUUAGGGAGUCUGAUGCGGUUUCUCAGACAGACUGCAUGGUGCAACAACUACAGGACUUCUUUGAAAACUGCCUGCGUGGACGUUGCAUUAUUCGACGUGUGUUUGAAGUAUUAAUUCUUAGUUCGCGCGUUGCGACAGGUGGGACAGAUAAGUCGGCAUGGAGCAGUAGCGGGUGGAAGUUUGUGCAGGACGCAGCGAAGGAGCAGCAGAGGUCGUAUCUGCUGCCAGGUGACUUUUGCGCGUACAUUGAGGUGCUGCUGGAGCAUCACCCGGGUCUUCUCUUUCUGAAGCAGACCCCCGAAUUUCAGUCCAAGUACCUAGAGACGGUCAUCUACCGCAUUUUCUACGACCUUGAUAGGUUUGACCGCGGUCGUAUUACGUACGCUGAGAUGGAGUGCUCUUCCCUGCUAGACGCACUGCGGCAGGUGGAUGCGACAGACGACAUCAACUCGGUUUUACUCUACUUUUCCUACGAACACUUCUACGUGCUCUACUGUCGCUUUUGGGAGCUCGACGAGGACCGGGACAUGCUGCUAUCCCGUGAGGAGUUUAUGCGGUACGCCCCGGCGGGAGUGAUGAAUCCUGUCAUUGUGGCGCGUGUGUUUGGCGGCGCUGCUCGCCGCAUGACAUGCGUGCGCGAGGAUCACAUGAACUACGAGGAUUUUGUUUGGUUCUGCCUCUCCGAGGAGGAUAAGUCGACCCCCACGGCAAUCCGCUACUGGUUUCGCAUCCUCGACCUGGACGGGGAUGGGAUCCUCUCCGCCUAUGAGCUGCACAGCUUUUACGACGCGACGAGGGCAAAGCUGACAGCCUACAUUCCGGACGGGACCGUACCAUUUGAAGAUGUUCUUUGUCAGAUAUUUGACAUGCUUGCCGUGGAGGUGUCAUGUGGGUUACGGCUUGAGGAACUUUUAUCGAAGCCAGAAGCGGCGUCGAUAGCGCUGAAUAUGGUCACCAACGUGCUCCGCUUCCUGCAAUUUGAGCAGAGGGAUCCGUUUGUCACCCACCAGGAUCGGCUGGUGGGGGGCUUGGAGCAGUCAGCGUGGGAUCGCUUUGCACGCGCCGAGUACGACCGUUUAUCCUUUACGCGGGGGAGUGAGUGA